UGUGACGCCUACGCUUAGCAGUAAAGCUAAGCUGUUUCUCGUUCGUGCAUUACUGUCGCUGCCACGGUGAGAGGGCAUCUCCUCUCUUAGACAAGCCGCCCCAUCAUCGUACAUGACGCCUACGGCUAUUAGUGCGGCCCUGCUGGCACUAGCCAUGUCGACCUUGCAUAUUGCUGCCAGAUGGCAUCUCUUUGCGCUUGACACAUCACGGAUGACAUCUGGCGCUCAACACGUCGCGUAUGCCUUGCGCAUUGUUGGGUUUGGUGUGGAAUCAGCCAAGGUGCUUGCAUCCAGCGAUGAACGGGUGCGUUGUCACGACAGGUCAGCGGUCAUGUGACGCCGCGCAGGUAUCGAGUACAUGCACGUAGGCG